AUGUUAACUCUCGCUGCACUUCUGAUUUCUGUUUCGCUGGUUGAGCCGACAGGCAUAGGUGAGUUUCUUGCUCCACCAGCACCUGCAUAUGCUAGAAGACUCACAGGACAGGCCCUUGUUGACUACAUCAAUUCGCACCACUCAUUUUACAAGGCCAAAUAUUCACCAGAUGCUCAAGAACGCAUGAAAUCUAGAAUUAUGGAUUUGAGUUUCAUGGUUGAUGCGGAAGUCAUGAUGGAAGAAAUGGACCAGCAGGAGGAUAUAGAUCUCGCUGUUUCUUUACCUGAAAGUUUCGACGCUCGUGAAAAAUGGCCAGAAUGUCCUUCAAUAGGAUUAAUCCGUGAUCAGUCCGCCUGUGGAGGAUGUUGGGCAGUAUCCUCAGCAGAGGUGAUGAGCGACAGGAUCUGCAUACAAUCAAAUGGAACAAAGCAGGUGUAUGUUUCCGAAACGGAUAUCUUAUCAUGCUGUGGACAACGUUGCGGUAGCGGGUGUACCUCAGGUGUGCCACGUCAAGCUUUCAACUAUGCAAUUCGGAAAGGUGUUUGCAGCGGAGGACCAUAUGGAACGAAGGGUGUUUGCAAACCCUAUCCUUUCUUUCCAUGCGGCCAUCAUGCUCAUCUACCAUAUUAUGGACCAUGUCCAGAUGGUAUGUGGCCUACGCCAACAUGCGAAAAGGCAUGUCAAUCCGACUAUACUGUUCCGUACAACAAUGACAGGAUCUUCGGCAGCAAAACCAUCGUCUUGACGGGAGAGGAAAAAAUUAAGCGAGAGAUUUUCAAUAACGGACCAUUGGUAGCCACGUAUACAGUUUACGAAGAUUUCGCUUAUUACAAGAAUGGAAUUUACAUGACUGGUCUCGGUAGGGCGACAGGCGCACAUGCAGUCAAAAUUAUUGGCUGGGGUGAAGAAAAUGGAGUCAAGUAUUGGUUGAUUGCAAACUCGUGGAACACUGAUUGGGGAGAGAAUGGCUUCUUCCGCAUGCUCCGUGGAACAAACCUUUGCGAUAUUGAACUAAGCGCGACUGGAGGAACGUUCAAGGUGUGA